AUGCGAGUUGGGCUUGGUGCAGCCCUCCUUCCUCCGGCAACGUCCACACACGGACUCCCACCUGUCACACGCAUCCACCUUACCUACGCGCAAAAAAUCUACGAAGGUCACGGAGGAGCCAGGAAAUUCUGGCGCGUCUGUCUCCCGCGGUUAAAAUAUCACAACCCCACGCUUGCCGUCACAGUGAAACAAACCACCAACCAAGCAGGACCGGCCAUAUUAUCAAUAUAUUUCAAGAACAAAGCUGCUGAGGCGUCCGAAGCUGUUUCCCCGAGUAGUGAAAAUCCGGCGACCGCCAACCCUUCCCCAGCCCCUCCCGCGCCAGAAGGAGAAGAGCAGCUGUCAGACGAGUUUGCGCCUCCGCCAACGGAGUCUGAGAUCGUAAGGCGCAUCAAUGUAAAAAAGAAGACGAUAAGGCAUAUCUGGGACGAUUUUAAGCAGAUGACGGGUGCGGAGGAUAUCCCACUCUCGGAGGCGGAUAAGGCGGAGAUCGAAGAGACGCAGCGGCAGAAAGAGCUGAGUGAUUUGGAUCGGAAGAGGGUAGCGGAGAAUAGACAGAUGAUUAAGGAUCAGGAGAAGUUGCUUGAGGCCGCGAGAGAAGAUGUGAAGCGGCUGAGGGCCGAGAAGUAG